CCGGCGUCUUUGAAAUUUCUAGGUUCGGAAUCUAAUCAACGCUUGAUGCUGCACCACUACCUGUAACUUUAGUGUCGGAUAUGGGCUCUCUUUGCUCGAAGUCGUCCACCCACAACGGCGGUCAUACUGUUUUGGGCUCUAAUUCUUCGGCCCAGGUUCUCGGCGGGAAUGCUCCGUCUGAACAAAGUUCUCGUGUGGAUCCACGCAGCGCUGCUGCUCAGGCGGCGGAACGAAGAAUGAAAGAGGCGCAGACACGGGGCACCAAUGCUUCGAACCCGAACCAGGGUCGUCUCGCGGCGCAAGCUGAAGCGGCAGCUCGAAACGCCAACAAGGCCCUGCCGUCGGAAAGGGAGGACUCGAGGCUCGUGUGGGACUGAUUCUUGUUGGACACAUUCAUUAUCUGCGUACCUACGGGACCGACGCAGCUAUCAUGGCCGCGAGCAGCUUCUUUGUGCGGAUCUCGUCAUAUCUAUGCCGCUGUCCCUCGUUCCUCUCUCUCGGGAGGUCAUCCGGACAUCUGUAGGGGACUAACGUAUACCUCAGACCUCGUUGCUACCACGAUCAUUAUAUCUGUUUACAGGGUCAAAAGGUGUAGCUUUGGCCUUCCCAUUCCCCACUUAGUAUCCCG